GCGCGGGAUUCGCCAUCGCCGACAUGGCGGCGGCUGAGGCGGGACCGGCACCGGAAUCGGGACCGGCACCGGAAUCGGGACCCGGGUCGGGACCGGCCGAGCCAGAGCUGGAACCCCUGCGGCUGCGGCGACUGCGGGGCGACGGCUUCUUCGAGGUUCCGGCAGCCGAUCGGCUGGGACGAUGCCGCAGCGUGAAGGAGUUUGAGAAGCUGAACCGGAUCGGAGAGGGCACGUACGGCAUCGUGUACCGUGCCCGGGACACGCUGACCGACGAGACGGUGGCACUGAAGAAGGUGCGGAUGGACAACGAGAAAGAUGGAAUGCCCAUCAGCAGCCUGCGGGAGAUCACCCUGCUCCUGCAGCUCCAGCACCCCAACAUUGUGGAACUGAAGGAGGUGGUUGUGGGAAACCACCUGGAGAGCAUUUUCCUGGUGAUGGGAUACUGCGAGCAGGACCUGGCCAGUCUCUUGGAGAACAUGCAAACACCCUUCUCAGAAGCUCAGGUGAAGUGCAUCAUCCUGCAGGUGCUCAAAGGCCUUCAGUACCUCCAUGAGAACUACAUCAUCCACAGGGACCUGAAGGUCUCCAACCUGCUGAUGACGGACAAAGGCUGUGUGAAGAUAGCUGAUUUCGGCCUGGCACGCACCUAUGGGAUGCCCCCUAAGCCCAUGACCCCCAAAGUGGUGACUCUGUGGUACCGCGCACCGGAGCUGCUGCUGGGGAUGACAACCCAGACCACCAGCAUCGAUAUGUGGGCCGCUGGCUGCAUCCUGGCCGAGCUGCUGGCACACAAACCACUGCUGCCAGGCACCUCUGAGAUCCACCAGAUCGACCUCAUCGUGCAGCUCUUGGGAACACCCAACGAGAACAUCUGGCCAGUGAGAGCUCCCUGCCCAUUCUCCCUGUCCUUGCUGUUCCCCUGGCCCCUCCUCACUCUGUGUUUCCCCCAGGGGUUCUCCAAACUGCCGCUGGCCACCCAGUACACCCUGCGCAAACAGCCCUACAACAACCUGAAGCACAGGUUUCCCUGGCUCUCGGAGGCUGGGCUGCGACUGCUCAACUUCCUCUUCAUGUAUGACCCCAAGAAAAGGGCCACAGCCAAGGACUGCCUGGAGAGUUCCUACUUCAAGGAGAAGCCUUUGCCCUGUGAGCCGGAGCUGAUGCCCACCUUCCCACACCACCGGAACAAGCGGGCGGCCGGCACGGCAGUGGAGAGCCAGGCCAAGCGCAGCAAGCCCUGAGCUGUCCCAUGGGAACAGGCGUGAUGUGUCCCGGCUGAGGAGGAUUCCCUCAGCCCAACAGUCCCAGUGCCCCACGGGGCUCCAUCCGUUCCCAGGACGGCUCCCAGCUGCAUCUCCACGUGAAGGAUGGGGCAGGCUCUAGUCUGGGGCUGGGUGAGCGUGGCCCUGGGCCCAGGAGAGAAGAGAGAUGGGGCCUGGGGAUGCCCAGGGCUGGCAGGGUCAGUCCUAUCCCAUGGGGUCCUGGCUUGUGCUGUCUGUGGGGGGAACCCCAACUCUGCCAUCAAUAAAAGACUCUGGCAGUGGCAA